AUAUGUAUAUUUAGUAUCUACUGUAUAUGGAUAUGUAGUAUUAGUAUACGAUGUGUCUACAGGCGAGCUCGUCGUUCAUCAAAGCGGCGGCCGAGGAGAAGCUGAAGCUGCUGCAGCAGAAGGAGGACAUGACAGCAGGACGCAUGAAGAAGGAAAAGGAGGACAUGCAGGAGGCCAAGAGGAGGGAGAAGGAGGACAGGGAGAGGAUAAAGGAGGAGCAGAGGAGGAGGUUUGAGGAGGAGAAACAGAAGAGGAGGGAGGAGAAGGAGCUCAGGAAGCUGGAGAAGGACAGGGAACGAGAGAAGCUGAAGGAGGAGAAGAAGAAAUACGCUGAGAGACUGAAGCUGUGGAACAAACCUCGAGAAGACAUGGAGUGUGAAGACCUGAAGGAUCUGCCCAGUCCGGUUCCAGUGAGGACCCGUCUUCCGGCCCAGCUCUUUGGUGAAGCUCUGAUGGUUCUGGAGUUCCUGAGGGCCUUUGGAGAGAUCUUUCACCUGAAGGACGAGUUCCCCGAUGGACUCUCUCUGGAGGUUCUGGAGGAGGCUCUGGUGGGUUCUGAUCCUGAGGGUCCUCUCUGUGAGUUGCUGUUCUUCUUUCUGUCGGCCAUCUUUCAGGCUCUGGACGAAGAGCAGGAGGACAUAGCUAAAGAGCAGGCUGAAGACCUGUCGGAGGCUCUGGACGAUGACUGUGAUGCGACCCAGUCUGCGCUCAGUGCCGUUGCCUCAUUGGCUGCCUCGUGGUCUCAGCUGCACCAGGGCUGUGGUCUGAAGCAGUUAGACCUGGACAGCUGCACCCUCUCAGAGAUCCUCCGGCUGCACAUCUUGGCGUCCGGCGCCGACUGUUAUCACGGCAAUGCCAAGUUCCGCUACCAGAAGCAGGGCGGGUUCACACCGAUGGACGACCCGUGUGUCGAGCUGCAAUUGGCCGAGCCGGCGCUGCUGAAGAGACUGACAAGCACCUCUGUGUACGACCUCACGCCAGAGGAGAAGCUGAGGAUCCUACAGGCUCUGGUGGGGAAGCUGCUGACGUUGGCCUCCAGCAGAGACCUGAUAGAAGACUGUGUGGAGGAUCAGAGAUCAGCGAGACAGGAACUGAGAGAAAUCAGAGCUGAACAACACCGCAGAGAAAGAGAGGAGGCAGCACACAGAGUCCGUCUCCGUAAAGAGGAGAAGCUGAGGGAGCAGGAGAUGAGGCUGAAGGAGAAGGAGAGACUGAGGGAGCAGGAAGUGAAGGGAGGACUCAACACCAACGGUGAGACUCCUGUAGACCUCACUGAGGAAGACGAGGAGCAAAACUCUUCACACAACAAGAAGAAGAUGGAGGCUAAAGUCAACCAUAGAGACAACCCUAGGACCUCUGACCCUAAACCCCCAUCGUGCCAUCCCGGCGUCCUGAGUGCAGAGGAGCAGGAGGAGCAGGAGAAGGUUCAAGAGCUGCAGGAGCGGAUCCAGAAGGCGGCGGCCUGCACCUGCCUGCUGCCGCUGGGCCGAGACCGUCUGUACCGCCGCUACUGGCUCCUCCCCUCAGCCUCCACCCUGUUCGUAGAGGACGACUGCUUCGGCCUGACGGAGGACAUGCUGCGUCCACGGCCCACAGCUGCACAGGAUGCCACGGACAAGGAGGAGGUCAAGGAAGAGCCCGCUGAGGGGAGUGCUGGCUCAAGCCCUGCCCCCCUCCACACCUGUGGGCCGCCAGUGAAACGUCUCAACCAAUGGUUCUUCUACACCUCAGUGGAGGAGGUGGAUCAGCUGAUCGAGUCUCUGAACCCCCGAGGUCACAGAGAGAGCGGCCUGAAGGAGGCGCUACUGCAGGAGAGAGACAGACUGACACACCUGCUGCAGAACUGUGACAGGAACAAGUACAGUUACACAGGUACGUGUACACAGGUAGACGGGGACAUACACACAG